AUGUACGAAGACAGCAAAGCCAAGGCCCAUCACUCCGAGUACUUUGCCUGGCAAAAAGGAGGAACUCUUCAGUACUGUAAAGCAGCUUAUAGUUCAAAUGGAUCAUCCAAAGGCGGUACAGUGGAGGGAACGCGAAGAAAGGCUCACCCAGAGGAGGACAAAAAAAAGGCUCACCCAGAGGAGGACAAAAAAAAGGCUCACCCAGAGGAGGACAAAAAAAAGGCUCACCCAGAGGAGGACAAAAAAAAGGCUCACCCAGAGGAGGACAAAAAAAAGGCUCACCCAGAGGAGGACAAAAAAAAGGCUCACCCAGAGGAGGACAAAAAAAAGGCUCACCCAGAGGAAGACACAAAAAAAGGCUCACCCAGAGGAGGACAAAAAAAAGGCUCACCCAGAGGAAGACACAAAAAAAGGCUCACCCAGAGGAGGACAAAAAAAAGGCUCACCCAGAGGAAGACACAAAAAAAGGCUCACCCAGAUGAGGACAAAAAAAAGGCUCACCCAGAGGAGGACAAAAAAAAGGCUCACCCAGAGGAGGACAAAAAAAAGGCUCACCCAGAGGAGGACAAAAAAAAGGCUCACCCAGAGGAGGACAAAAAAAAGGCUCACCCAGAGGAGGACAAAAAAAAGGCUCACCCAGAGGAAAACACAAAAAAAGGCUCACCCAGAGGAGGACAAAAAAAAGGCUCACCCAGAGGAGGACAAAAAAAAGGCUCACCCAGAGGAAAACACAAAAAAAAGGCUCACCCAGAGGAGGACAAAAAAAAGGCUCACCCAGAGGAGGACAAAAAAAAGUGCCUCAAGAACAAACUGUAA